AGUGCUUUACAACUCGUAUCACCUCUGGUCUGAUAGUAGCCUACUUCAAUAGACGAUCAGGAUGCUCUGCUCACAAGGACCUUGGGACUCUGGCGGCACAGGGAAUUUGAAAAUAAAAAUGAAGUCCGGAUUUAUUCAGAUGCUGAGGAAGAGGAAAGAGCUCAUUCCUCUGAUCAGCAUUGUGGUAUUGGCUGCUGGAGGAGCCACCUCUACCUCACUCUACUUCCUAUUUACAAAGAAGGAUGUCAUUUUAAAUAAAAGCACAAACCCUGAACCCUGGGAGAGACUGGACCCAUCUAAACCACAGAAGCUGGUCACUAUCAACCAGAAAUGGAGGCCCAUUAAAGAGCUGGAGCUGGUGAAGAGUAUGACCAAGUGAUCUCUCUAUCUUUCUAUUUCUCUCCAUUCUCUCCCAUUCCUCCCCCCUCCAUUCUGAAUGAGAGCUGCCUCCUUGCCCUUCCUGCACCCCUUCCCAGUCUAGCAGAAUCAUUUCUGCCGAGACUAGAUUCUCUGAUACUUAGUGUGCGGAAACGCUUCUGCUAUACUGGUGGGGUAUAACUGCUCAAUACUGUCCCCAGGACUGAGGAUGUCCACAGCUGUAGUGUUACUUACAUCACCAGGCUGUAAAGAGUAAAAUAUUUUGUCUUCACUGUAAACCAGCUGUCUGUCUGUCCCAGUGAUGUUACUGCACUGUACUGUACUAUAGCUGACACUAAAUGUGACCACAGCUGUUUGUUUGUGAAACAAACUGUAUGUGUGUGUGAAAUAAUAAUUAUUGCAAUAAAAAUGUAUCAUUGCUCGUGU